AUGCCGGAGCCCGGGAAGAAGCCAGUCUCAGCCUUCAGCAAGAAGCCCCGGUCAGUGGAGGUGGCUGCAGGCAGCAAUGCCGUGUUUGAGGCGGAGACAGAGCGGGCAGGAGUGAAGGUGCGCUGGCAGCGGGGAGGCAGUGACAUCAGCGCCAGUGACAAGUAUGGCCUGGAGGCAGAGGGCACAAGAUACACGCUGACAGUGCGGGACACAGGCUCCACGGAUCAGGGCUCCUACGCAGUCAUCGCUGGCUCCUCCAAGGUCAAGUUUGACCUCAAGGUUAUAGAAAAGGAGAAGGUGGAGCAGACGCCAGCCCCUGCCCUCCCUCCCACUGAGGCCCCUGGAGCCCCCGGAGCCUUGGCCCCAGCACCUGAGCUGGAAGGAAGCUCCCCAAGUCCCAAAGGGUCCAGCUCUGCGUCCGUUGGAGCUCCCGACGACCCUAUUGGUCUCUUUGUGGAGCGGCCGCAGGAUGGUGAAGUGACCACGGGCGGCAGCAUCACCUUCUCCGCCCGCGUCACCGGGGCCAGCCUCCUGAAACCACCCAUCGUCAAGUGGUUCAAGGGCAAGUGGGUGGAUCUGAGCAGCAAGGUGGGCCAACACCUGCAGCUGCAUGACAGCUAUGACCGAGCCAGCAAGGUUUACCUGUUUGAGCUGCACAUCACUGAUGCCCAGGCCACCUUUGCUGGUGGCUACCGCUGUGAGGUGUCCACCAAGGACAAGUUUGAUAGCUGCAACUUCAACCUCACUGUCCAUGAGGCCGUUGGGCCCGGAGACCUGGACCUACGAUCAGCUUUCCGACGCACGAGCAUGGCUGGAGGUGGUCGGCGGAUCAGCGACAGCCAUGAGGAUGCUGGGACUCUGGACUUCAGCUCCCUGCUGAAGAAGAGGCAAGUCUCUGACAGCUUCCGGACCCCACGGGACGCCAAGCUGGAGGCGCCGGCUGAAGAGGAUGUGUGGGAGAUCCUGCGGCAGGCAUCUCCCUCCGAGUACGAGCGCAUCGCCUUCCAGCACGGGGUCACCGAUCUGCGGGGCAUGCUCAAGAGGCUCAAAGGCAUAAGGCGCGACGAGAAGAAGAGCACAGCCUUUCAGAGGAAGCUGGAGCCGGCCUACCAGGUGAGCAAGGGCCACAAGAUCCGGCUGGCUGUGGAGCUGGCAGACCCUGACGCUGACGUCAAGUGGCUUAAAAAUGGACAGGAGAUCCAGAUGAGUGGCAGCAAGUAUAUCUUCGAGUCCAUUGGCAACAAGCGCACACUGACCAUCAGUCAGUGCUCACUGGCCGACGACGCGGCCUACCAGUGCAUAGUGGGCAGCGAGAAGUGUAGCACGGAGCUGUUUGUCAAAGAGCCCCCCGUCCUGAUCACACGUCCCCUGGAGGACCAGAUGGUGAUGGUGGGGCAGCGAGUGGAGUUUGAGUGUGAGGUGUCCGAGGAGGGGGCCCAGGUCAAGUGGCUGAAGGAUGGGGUGGAGCUGACCCGGGAGGAGACCUUCAAAUAUCGCUUCAAGAAGGACGGACACAAGCACCACCUGAUCAUCAAUGAGGCGACGCUGGAGGACGCCGGGCACUACGCUCUGCGCACCAGUGGCGGCCAGGCGCUCGCGGAGCUGAUUGUGCAGGAGAAGAAGCUGGAGGUGUACCAGAGCAUCGCGGACUUGACAGUGGGUGCAAAGGACCAGGCCGUGUUCAAGUGUGAGGUGUCAGAUGAGAACGUGCGUGGCGUGUGGCUGAAGAACGGGAAGGAGUUGGUGCCUGACAGCCGCAUCAAGGUGUCUCACAUUGGGCGGGUCCACAAGCUGACCAUCGACGACGUCACGCCCGCAGACGAGGCUGACUACAGCUUUGUGCCCGAAGGCUUUGCCUGCAACCUGUCGGCCAAGCUCCACUUCAUGGAGGUCAAGAUAGACUUCGUGCCCAGGCAGGAACCCCCCAAGAUCCACUUGGACUGCCCAGGUCGCGUGCUGGAUACCAUCAUCGUUGUGGCUGGGAACAAGCUUCGCCUGGACGUGCCUAUCUCCGGGGACCCUGCUCCCACUGUGAUCUGGCAGAAGUCCAUCACACAAGGCAAUAAGGUUCCAGCCCAGCCAGCCUCGGACGCCCCAGAGGACCCAGGUGCCAGUGAGGAGUGGGUGUUUGACAAGAAGUUGCUAUAUGAGACUGAGGGCCGUGUCCGUGUGGAGACCACCAAGGACCGCAGCGUCUUCACCGUUGAGGGGGCAGAAAAGGAAGACGAGGGCGUUUACAUUGUCACAGUGAAGAACCCUGUGGGCGAGGAUCAGGUCAACCUCACUGUCAAGGUCAUCGACGUGCCGGACGCUCCUGCGGCCCCCAAGAUCAGCAACGUGGGCGAGGACUCCUGCACAGUGCAGUGGGAGCCGCCUGCCUACGACGGCGGGCAGCCGGUGCUGGGCUACAUCCUGGAGCGCAAGAAGAAGAAAAGCUACCGGUGGAUGCGGCUCAACUUCGACUUGCUGAGGGAGCUGACCCACGAGGCCCAGCGAAUGAUCGAGGGCGUGGUGUACGAGAUGCGCGUCUACGCGGUCAACGCCAUCGGCAUGUCCAGGCCCAGCCCCGCCUCCCAGCCCUUCAUGCCCAUUGGACCCCCCAGCGAGCCCACACACCUGGCUGUGGAGGACGUCUCGGACACUACAGUGUCUCUCAAGUGGCGACCCCCAGAGCGUGUGGGAGCAGGCGGUCUGGACGGUUACAGCGUGGAGUACUGCCGGGAGGGCUGUUCGGAGUGGGUGGCUGCCCUGCAGGAGCUGACGGAGUGCACGUCAUUGUUGGUGAAGGACUUGCCCACAGGGGCCCGGCUGCUCUUCCGUGUACAGGCUCAUAAUGUGGCUGGGUCCGGGCCCCCCGUCACCACCAAGGAGCCUGUGACGGUGCAAGAGAUACUGCAGCGACCGCGGCUCCAGCUGCCCAGGCACCUGCGUCAGACCAUCCAGAGGAAGGUCGGGGAGCCUGUGAACCUCCUCAUUCCUUUCCAGGGCAAGCCCCGGCCUCAGGUCAUCUGGACCAAAGAAGGGCAACCACUGGCAGGGGAGGACGUGAGCAUCCGCAACAGCCCCACGGACACCAUCCUGUUCAUCCGGGCCGCCCGCCGCACCCACUCCGGCACCUACCAGCUGACAGUGAGCAUUGAGAACAUGGAGGACAAGGCCACGCUGGAGCUACAGGUUAUUGAGAAGCCAAGCCCUCCCCUGGACAUUAGGGUCACGGACGCUUGGGGUUUCAAUGUGGCUCUGGAGUGGAAGCCACCCCUAGAUGACGGCAACACGGAGAUUUGGGGUUACACGGUGCAGAAAGCUGACAAGAAGACCCUGGAGUGGUUCACCGUCCUGGAACACUAUCACCGCACUCACUGCGUGGUGUCCGAGCUCAUCGUUGGCAACGGCUACUACUUCCGGGUCUUUAGCCACAACGUGGUGGGUCUUAGUGACACAGCCGCCACCACCAAGGAGCCCGUCUUCAUCCCCAAACCAGGUAUCAAGUACCAGGCCCCCAGCUACAAGGCCUCAGACUUCUCUGAGGCCCCACGGUUCACUCGGCCUCUGGUGAACCGCUCGGUCAUUGCAGGCUACAAUGCUGUCCUCUGCUGUGCUGUCCGGGGCAGCCCUAAGCCCAAGAUUUCCUGGUUCAAGAAUGGCCUGGAUUUGGGUAAAGAUGCUCGCUUCCGCAUGUUCUGCAAGCAGGGCGUGCUGACCCUGGAGAUCCGCAAACCCUGCCCCUUUGAUGGAGGCGUCUAUGUCUGCAAGGCUACUAAUUUACAAGGCGAGGCACAGUGUGAGUGCCGCCUGGAGGUGAGAGCUUCAAGUCCCCCUCAUUCCCCACUGAGCAGAACUGUUCCAGGUGCCCAGAUCACAGAGGACACAGAGCCGAACUCCUGCACUGGAGGUUACAAUGCCAAGAACACAGACAAGAAAACACAACACAAACUUCUCAAGGACUCACAAUAG